UCAUGACGCUGUCCGGACGUUUUGUUUACUGUCUGGAUGUGGAGGAGGGGGCGCUAACACCACGGAUUUUCAAUCAGUACACGUCUUUGGGGGAAAGAAACACUUCCGUAGUUGAGUGCUAUCUUCACCUUUGACGUUUCUUUUUGUCAUUUUGACUGCGUUUGUGACGGUGGGCCAGUUAGCACGUGCGCGCGAGGUACGCGCUGACCUGUAUGCUAAUGUUGACAUCGCUAGAACAACAAGCUAGGAGGUAGGUUUCCUCACUUUCACAUCAGGGAGUUUAGUGGUGUUUUUCCCUGUUUCCUCCGAGAGUUGAAGGCGGUAGGUGUGCGGUUAGAACGAAUAAGAAUGUAAACACUGCGCUGCCUCAGCUCUCGUCAAUCAGCGUCCAGCUGCUGUUUAGUUAGUGUCGAGGCUCGUUUGAUUUAACCACCUGACUGUCCGGCUAACUGUUGCUUCAUGGGGUGGAGUCCUUUAUUGGGAUCGCCAUGCUGGCUAGAUUAACGUCAGGUAUCGGUUCUCGGUGGAAACAGACGGCGGCAGACAAAAUGGUGCUCAGGAGUUGCUGGAAGUCUCGCCACAAAAGCAGUCGGAGGACCGUAAACCCGGGACUGGCCGCGCUGCUCUGCUUCUGCGCGACCCAGUUCGUCUGCGCCGCGGGUCAGGUGGAUGAAGCCAAGAAGUACGUGAUCCAAAAAGACGCCGAGUUCGAUGUGACCUACAAUGGCACGGUGACCCACGACAACCAGACCAUCUACGCCUUCAACCACACCAUCUCGAGAAACAAGACGGAGGGGGUGCGCGUGACCGUGGACGUGCUGCAGCAGAGCCUGGAGAGUCCCAUUCUGUUUGUGGUGCGGCAGAAGCAGGCUGUCAUGUCCUUCCAGGUCCCUCUCAACCUCCGAGGACUAUAUCAGAGGCAGUACCCGUACAAACAUGUGGGCCGAACACUGUGCCAGCCUCCGACCCGAGCUGCUUCAGAAACCCAGUACUUCUUUGUGGACGUGUCCACCUUGUCCAGCCAGGGUACAAACUACCAGCUGCGAGUCAGCCGUGUGGAGAGCUUCACCCUGCAAACAGACAAGAGGUUCACCUUCAGUGCAUCACCAUCACAACCUCAGUACUUUAAGUAUGUCUUCCCAGACGGAGUGGACACCGUCAUCGUCAAAGUCGACUCCGACAUGAACUUCCCCUGCUCCGUUAUGUCCAUUCAGGAUAUUCAGUGUCCUGUCUAUGAUCUGGACAACAACGUGGCCUUCAUUGGAAUGUACCAGACCAUGACUAAAAAAGGUGCCAUCACCGUGCAGAGAAAAGAUUUUCCCAGCAACAGCUUCUAUGUGGUGGUGGUGGUGAAGACGGAGGAUGAGGCGUGCGGCGGUCCGUUGCGGCUGUACCCUCUACGACCCGAUGAGCUGAUCGAUGCUGGGAAUCGCAGCAAAGUGCUGGAUGUGUUGGUCUCCAGAGCCAUCAGCUCUGACACCUAUGUGAUGGGCGUGCUGUUCUGCCUGGGCAUCUUCCUCUCCCUCUACCUGCUGACCCUGCUGGUGGCCUGUGUGGAAAACAAGCGAAUGAACCGGAGGAGGGAACUGUUGCAGAUUCCUGCGGAUCUGUCGCCUGCAGAGAAAGCCUCUCUUCUUGGAAAGAGCGGAGACGGGAAGACUCCAGCCUCGCCGUAUGAGUAUGGCUCCUUUGCCGACACCGGGAGCACGCUGGGUUCAGAGCCGGUCACGGACAGCGUCGCCUCCACCGACAACAACUACGGAUACAUGGGACAGGAACCCUUCAAACGUCGGCCAAUCCUCAAUCACCUUCACCACAUAGCCGUCCGCAUCGAGAGAUCUCUGGACAGCAUCGCACGAAGCAGACAGGAGUCCCUGAGCUCCGUGGAGGAGGAGGACUACGACACUUUAGACGACAUCGACUCGGACAAGAACAUCGUUCGCACCAAGAAGUACCUGUCUGUGGCUGACCUGUCCCGCAAAGACAAGAGGGUCCUCAGCAAGAAAUACCAGAUCUACUUCUGGAACAUCGCCACUAUUGCCGUGUUUUAUGCUCUGCCGGUCAUCCAGCUGGUCAUCACCUAUCAGACGGCUGUUAACAUCACAGGAAACCAGGACCUCUGCUACUAUAACUUCCUGUGUGCCCAUCCGCUGGGGGCUUUAAGCGCCUUCAACAACAUCUUCAGUAACCUUGGUUACGUGAUGCUGGGACUCCUCUUCCUCCUCAUUGUGCUGCAGAGGGAGAUCGUCCACAAGCAGGCUCUAGAUCGCAACGACCUCAACGCGCUGGAGUGCGGCAUCCCCAAACACUUUGGACUGUACUAUGCUAUGGGAACUGCUCUGAUGAUGGAGGGCCUGCUCAGCGCCUGCUACCAUGUUUGCCCCAACUACACCAACUUCCAGUUUGACACGUCCUUCAUGUACAUGAUCGCUGGACUCUGUAUGUUGAAGCUGUAUCAGAAGAGGCAUCCGGACAUCAACGCCAGUGCUUACACCGCCUACGCCUGUCUGGCCGCCGUCAUCUUCUUCUCCGUGAUCGGAGUGGUCUUUGGGAGAGGAAACACCGUCUUCUGGAUCGUUUUCUCUGUCAUCCACAUACUGGCGACCCUCCUGCUCAGCACGCAGCUCUACUACAUGGGCCGAUGGAGGCUGGACUCGGGCAUCCUGCGCAGGAUCGUGUACGUCAUCUACACGGAUUGCAUCAGACAGUGCAGCGGUCCCAUGUACAUUGACCGCAUGGUUCUGCUGGUGAUGGGAAACAUAGUCAACUGGUCUCUGGCGGCGUACGGCCUCAUCCAGAGACCGAAUGACUUUGCUUCCUACCUGCUGGCCAUCGCCAUCUGCAACCUGCUGCUCUACUUUGCCUUUUACAUCAUCAUGAAGCUGCGCAGUGGGGAGCGGAUCAAGUGUCUGCCUCUGGUGUGCAUCCUCUUCACGGCGGUGGUGUGGGGCUUCGCUCUGUACUUUUUCUUUCAGGGUCUCAGCACCUGGCAGAAAACGCCGGCAGAGUCCCGUGAGCAUAACCGGAAUUGCAUCCUGCUGUCGUUUUUUGACGACCACGACAUUUGGCACUUCCUGUCGUCCAUCGCCAUGUUUGGAUCCUUCCUGGUCCUCCUGACCAUGGACGACGACCUGGACAGCGUCCAGAGAGACAAGAUCUUCGUCUUCUAGACGUGUCUGGUCCUCUGCCGUCCUCUCUGCCUUAGCCACUUUUGCCCUAUCGGUUGUCUCUUGACUGCAUCUCCUCCGUGUUUCAAAGCACAGCCAGUGGCCUGACGGUGAACACAGAGCUCCGCCUCUCGUAGGCAGCCAGGGGAGGGGCCGACCCCCCGGACUGCCUUCUUUGGACACUUUUUGUGCCAACGGUGAGCGGAUGGCUGUGGAAGUGUGUCCUGGACCAUACUGCUGUAAUGGAUGCUGACCUGCUGCUGGGGACAAAGAUCCAGUUUAACCCGUCCAUGUUUCCCUAACGGAGGAGCAUUUUGUACUUCCUGUGUGUGUGUGUGUGUGGGGGGGGGUGUGUGUGUG